AAAAGGAGCUUAAUCGAAUUCCGCUGUUGUGGGCCGAACACCGACCUGCCAACAUCUGAUAGUAGCUGUUAAUAAUCGGCUAGCAUGGGUGAAAGACUUAAACAUCCGAAUAAACAUUUAAUAUGUUCUUUUGCUGACUGUAAAGCGACGUUUUCCAAGCUGUGGAAGUUGGAAGCGCAUUACUGCAGACACACGGGACUGAAGCCCUUUGCUUGUGGAGACUGCGAGAAGAGCUUUUGCACCCGUUACCAGCUCACCCGACAUCAACUGAGCCACAGCGGAGAGAAACCCUACCUUUGCUCGGUCAGCGGGUGUUCAGAUGCAUUUUCCACGCCUGGCAGCUUGAGGAACCAUGUUGCUCACGUUCACCACCAAACCAAGAGCUGUUAUGUGUGCAACUAUCAAGACUGUGGAAAGGAGUUCCGUAAGAAGAAGCAACUGAAACUUCACACCUGUGAGCACACAAAUGAGUUGCCCUUUGAAUGUAACUUUGAGGGAUGCAAUGACAAAUUUGCAUCCUCUAAAGCUCUAAAAGGACACUGGAAGAUGCAUGAAGGUUACCCAUGUGACGAGCAGUACUGUAACUUCAAAGGAAAAACUUGGUCCGAGUAUCAGAAGCACAAAAAGACGGCACACAGAGUAACCCUGCCUUGUGAUAAAUGCAAGAAGAUGUUCCACGAUGCCUGGUUUUUGCAAAGGCACAAAAAGUCCGUUCAUUCUGGGGAGCGGCGUGAGUUUAAAUGCAUUAGAGAAGGCUGUGAAAAGAGCUACACCACAAACUUCAACCUCCAGAACCAUAUUCUGGACUUCCAUGAAAGGAAGCAAGACUUCGCCUGCCCUUUUGCAGGCUGUGGUAAAGCCUUUGCUAUGGAGGUAAGUCUGAAAAGACAUUUUGUGGUCCAUAAGCUUCAGAAGACAAAACUACAGAAGCCAAAAGUCAAGCAGCGUAAGUGCAAGAAGACUCCAUCCAAAACGAAGUUGUCAGAUGCUGCUCAACUAUCGAAGCGUCUGCAAAAUGUGUCCUUGAACAAGACCGCUUCAAAGACGCCUUUGCCUUAACAUUUUUUUUUUUUUUUUUUUUUAAAUGGAACAAUACCUUUUUGUCCCAUUCAAGUUUUGUUCAGUUUAUCAACUUGACACAUUCAGUUUGGAUCACUUUUCAAAAUAAAUGGUCACUUCUGCAACUCUUGUUUUGUGGUGAAUAAAGUUCAUUAUGGUGGAAAGAAAUAUUGGUUCAUGUUAACUAGUCAACACCUGAACUUUGACGUCAAGUGCAGUUGUCAAAUCUCUGAAGCACUCUAUAAACCACUUUAUACUUCAGUUACAGAAAGUUCCCUGAAAGUUUGAGUUAAAACUGUUCACUGCAGGAGUUUUUU